AUGAAUAGUAAUAAUGAUAUCGUUGAAUAUGAUGAACAUGAUGAAGAAGAACAAGAACAAGAACAAGAAGACGAAGAAGAAGAAGAAGAACAAAUUGAUGAUAGAGAAGUCGAAUCUGAAGUAGAACAUGGUGAACAAGAAGAAGAAAAUGAUGGUAGUGAUCAAGAAGAAUUAAAUCAACAAGAUCAUCAAGCAGAUGAUGAAGAGGAAGAUGAACAUCAUAACAUAGUUAAUCAAGAAGUAGAAGAAGAAGAAGAAGAAGAAGAACAAGAAGAAGAACAUGAACAAGAACAAGAAGAGGAUGACGAUGACGACAAUGAAGCAAGAGAUACAGUUGAUCCAACAAAUCCAUUAGAUGAAGAUUCUAUUGAAGCAGGUAAAUCGAAAUAA